AUGUCUGAGGACGAAGUCAGAAUGGACGACGACCGCGGAACGGACGCAGUGGACGAUGUCGACAUGCACGAUGAUCCCAACGUCAAGCGCAGAGGGAGAGGCUUUGAUCCGCGCGGCAACGGUCCCGCAUCCGAGGGAGUGAAAGCUGGAAGAUUCGAUACGCUCGACGAGACAUCAGACAGCGGUGCACGCGCAGUCAAGUCUGUGGAGGGAUGGGUCAUAGUUGUUACCAACGUACACGAGGAAGCGUCAGAAGAAGAUGUCACGGAUAAGUUUCUAGACUAUGGUGUUGUCAAGAGCUGUCAUCUCAAUCUUGAUCGACGGACAGGCUACGUCAAGGGAUACGCCCUGCUGGAGUUUGCGGAACAGGACGAAGCGCAAGCGGCGAUACAGGCUUGCAGCGAGGGUCUCACACUGCUCGACGAAGAGCUCAAAGCCGACUUUGCAUUCGUCAAGCCGCCAGAAGGAGGCGUUGCGAUUCGAGGAACAGGGUCGAGACGGGGCAAUGCGAACAGAGAUCGCAGCCGCAGUCCGGGCAGAUGA